AUGCCUAAAGUUAUUAUUGUUGGCGCAGGCAAGCUCUCACCCGGAUUGUGUGGAGUGGUGAAGUUGAUUUAGCUAACGGAGUGAAUAGGGUGGUUUGGUCUGGUUGCUGCAAAAACAUACCUACAAGUAAACCCUACACAUACACUACUCCUGUUGGAAUCAUCAACAACGAUCGGAGGGACUUGGUCCCAAGAUCGCGUCUACGAUGGUCUAGUAACACACAACGCUGCGGGUGCGCUUGAGGUUUCCGAUACACCACUGGAAGGUGCACCAACUGCGGAGGGCUACAUACGAGGUGAAGAUGUGGCGAAUUACCUGGUCAAGUUCGCCGAGAAAUAUAAUCUCUUAAGUAGAAUUGUGUUCGAGGCAUUGGUUGAUAGUAUUGACAGAGAUGUCGAUACGAAAGAAUGGAUACUGAAGUUGGCAAGGAAAAGUGAAGGGGAAGAUGAGGUUAGGUGCGAGAAGUUGAUUAUGGCAACUGGCUUGACAUCAAUGCCGUUUAUACCUACGGACAUUCAUAUCAUGGACCCGAAAAUGACAAUAUUCCAUUCGGUGGAGUUGAAGAAGUGGCAGGAGACAUUGAAAAGUGACAAACAGGGGGUUGAAAGGGUAACUAUAUACGGCGGAGGCAAAAGUGCCUUCGACGCAGCAUAUAUGUGUGCUGCUGCGGGCAAGAAGGUUGAUUGGAUCAUUAGGGAGUCAGGUCAGAGUGUUAGCGUACGUUGGUCUCUGGUGCCAAUGAAGUGGGUAGAAGCUGACAAGGGAUAGUCAAUGUUCUCCGCAAAAGCACUGGGGAAGACCUCCCCGCUGUUGGCAUCAAAGCGGUUAUUCAAUGCUUUGAGUCCAUGUAUUUAUAAUUCUGAGACAAUGACCUCCAAAUUUUUACAUGGGACAUCGGUGGGAAGGUGGAUGGUAAAGACGUACUGGAAGACAUUAAACAACAUCGUCAUGAAGAAACAUGGCAUGUACACCUCCGAGAAUGGCCGGAAAUUGGUUCCAGAGCUUGGUGAAAUGGGGUAAAUGACACUCUCCUCCAUUCCCUUACGCGCCAAUUCACACCAUGCUAAUCUCAAUCCAGUGGCUUCUGGUCGGGCGCAGCUCCAUCAGGAGUUAUCUCUCAGCCCGAUUUCUUAACCCACCUCCACGCUCCGGACUCCCUCAUUACCAUCCACCGGACAAGAAUAACUUCCAUAGAGGGCACGACCAUCCGCCUAGCGAACGGCACCUCCCUCCCCUCGGAUGCGCACAUAUGGUGCACCGGUUGGAUCCGGGAUACUACACCCCUAGCCCGUGGCAGCCUAGAAUUAGCCCUGCGAGUCGGCGUACCGGUACCUGAAGAAAGCUCGCCGGAGCACUGGGAAGCCCUCGAAUCAACCGCCGAAGAUAAGAUAAAAUCCCUCUUCCCAUUACUAUCCAUGCCACCGCCAUACAAUCCUAUCCGGCGGAGUAAUACACCAUACCGGGUUUACCGUCUCCUCGCGCCGCCCGCCAUGGCGGAUGUGGGUGAUUACACACUCGUGUUUGUGGGCUUGACGCAUACUCCUGCAACCGGCAUGAUCGCGGAGCUGCAGGCGUUAUGGGCGACUGCCUAUCUGGAUGGGCGUAUUCCGCUAGAGGGGAAGAAGGGGGAAAUGGAGAAGGAAGUGGCCGAAGUGAAUGUUUGGAUGAAGAGGAGGUAUUUGAAUCUCGGGGAGAAGUGCGCUAAUCUUACGUUUGAGUUUAUGCCUGUGAGUUUUUUCCCUUCCCUCAUUCAUAUCUUCCUAAGGCUCCUUGCAUGAACCUGCUCUUACAUUCCGUAGUAUUUGGACACGCUCGUUGGAGAUUUAGGUCUUAAUCGACGGAGAAAAGGUGGGGUUAGCGAGUGGUUUGGAACUUAUUCUCCGAGAGACUAUCGGGGAAUAGUAUCAGAGUGGACGCGGAAGAGUGAGAAGGUAGAUCGGAAGUCGCUCAAAGGGAAUUAAAGGCUUCUUAUCACAAUCUUUUGAGGAAUUUCUUAUCACUGACUUUAGAAAUGGUAUUCAGACUAUUGGCCGGAACUAGCUAGCCAAAUUGUACAAUAUUUUCUUGCCAACACAGCACCACACUCAUGCCUACUAUUUGGCCGAGCUGUAAUUCUCAAUGCGUGAUCUAUCCCUUACAAGGUUGAACCAGCAACUCUAGUUCUAAAUAUUGCUGCCCCCCCCAAAAGAAAAAAAAACAAAUAGAACUCCCCAAAUAAAAAUAAAUCACAUCCUCAUCAGGUCCUCCCACCCCUCGGCGCCCUCCAUGUCCCAUCCUCCUCUACCACCCCAGCAGCGGUGUAAUCCCCCAUUUCCCCAGUGCCCCAGUAGCCCACGCGAACAUACACCUUCUCCCAACCGCCCGCCGCGGUCCUGGUCCUGUUCCAAGUAACAGCACCGGAAACCCCAUCGACGCGAAAUCUCUCCACGUCGUUGAUGAUUACGCUAACGCCCUCCUCCCACCCACGAGUCUUCACGUCUUCCCAGAAAAACGUAAUAUUGUUGCCUGCAGGGGGAAUUUCGGGCGUGACGAGGCGAGGUAUAGUGGAGAAGUAGAGACCGUCUCGGCCACGGAGGGAUUCCGGGGUUUCCACAAUACCGGCGAACCCCCAUCUUGACGUGCCGUUAAUGAAUAGUCCGAUGAGGAGACCUUGGUACAAGAGACUCAUUCGGUUGCGCAGGCGGGUACCGGGAAGGAGGAGGAGGGCGAGGAUAUAGUGGUGUAUGCGCAGCGCGGAGCCGGGGAUCGCUGCGAGGAGGGAGAGGCUGACGCCGAAACCGGCGUAUGUCAGGAGGUAUUUCGGCAUUCGGCCGGUGAGGCGGAAAAAGUGUGCUUGGAAGAUGACUAUUAUGAGUAGGAGUAGGACUACGAUUACCAGUGCCGUUAUUGCGUUGGGCUGCUGGCGGAGGUCGCGACCAGUUAAGCGGUAUAUAGGAAUUAUUGGGUCGAGGGUGAUGUUGUUCAGCGCACCGGUCCAGAGGCCUGAGAGCCAGAGGAGGGCCUUCUCGAUUGUGUGG